AUGCUUCCCUCCGCAGUCUUCUCGGUCUUUGCCCUCGUCGGCAUCGCCUUGGCUCAGCAGCCCCCCAAGGUUAACCACGACAGUAUCAACCCCGUCCGCGAUACUCUGGGGCCCAACGGCGACAUGAUCAGGAAGUUCCAGCCUCUGCUUCACAUUGCCCACGGUUGCCAGCCUUACUCCGCUGUCAACACCCGCGGUGAGGUCAACGCCGGUCUCCAAGACAGCGGUACCACCGCAGGCGGCUGCAAGGAAACCAGCAAGGGCCAGACCUACGCCCGCUCCAUGACCCUGAACGGCCAGUUCGGCAUCAUGUACGCCUGGUACUGGCCCAAGGACCAGCCCGCCGACGGCAACCUCGCCAGCGGCCCACCCGCCAACGACUGGGAGAACGUCGUUCAUCUGGUUCAACUCGAACAACGCAAACCAGGCCGGCAUCCCUGCGCGGGGCCGCCCUCGGGCCACGGCGACUACAAGAAAGAUUAUAGGGCUAUUAAUAAAGAAGACUAUAUAUCCUCCCUAUAG